AUGAUGUUUUCCAAAUAAUUUCAACAUACUCAAUCUCAAAAGAGUAGUGAUUCUGGUUUUUCUAGUUAACAAUUUAAUUAGAGACCUUUUAGAUAUGAAAAUCAAUCAUCUGUUAAAUCACAUUGGUAGAAACUUAAGUCAAAUGAAACUGACAAUGAUCCAAUAACAAGACGCGACAGAACUGUUAAAUCAUUAGUAAUUAUUAAUGAUUAUAUUAGACUGUCUUAUAAGAAAUUAUGAGUUGCUCCAAUUAAAAAAAACUAAUAAAAUUAGUUAGUUCAUUUCUGUAAUCAGAAUAGCAAUUAACUUAAAUUUGUGAAUAAUUGGAAAAAUAAUAAAUAGUAUCACUUUUCUUAAAAAUUCAUCAUAUGCAAAGUCCUUAACUUGUCUAGUUCUUGCAUUUACUUUAUGAUUCUAUGUUUUCCUUAGACUCAUCAGUUAGUUCUAAGAUUUAUACUCAUUAAGAAGUUCUUAAAUACAUACUUUUAUCUAAUUAUGAAUAAAUUUAAGGACAAGCGGGGUAAUUAACUAGAAUACUUGAGAUUUUAUCAGAGAUGUAGAUACUUAAUCCUGAUUUUUAAGCAUUUGAAGAAGAAUUUUAAGUUGAUAUGGAAGAAGUAAAAUAAUUAUAUUUAUAAUUUAGAUUUAAAAUUCAUUCAAUAAAGUAUAAUUGAGAGUAUUAUUUUUGAUAAGUUCAAUUGAUAUUCUUCGGGCUUUGAAAGGUUCAGUAGUAUUAUUUGAACGAUUAGAAUCGUUUGUGUUUUCAUAAAUUAAGAAUAAUUAGAUGUCAAAUAUUAGUGAUAUGUAAACUCUUGUGAUAGCUUAUGUUUUAUUGAGUGAAUAAUUAGAUAUUGCUAAUAAAUUAGGUUAUUCAAAAUAAGCUAUAGACAUUAUUGGAAAAGCUUAAGAUUAUUCAAUUUAUGAAUUAAAAAAAAGAUUUAUCAAUAAUGCUAUGAAAUUAUCAUAAAAAUAUUUAGGUUCAUAAGUCUAUGAUCAAAUUAUUAAUAUGAAUAGAUCAUUCAGUCCAGGAUUUAAUAGAUAACCUAUGGCUCAUUUUAAUUAAUCAGAAAAUUUGUCAUAUCAAUUUCUAGUUAAUUAAUUGAAAAUGGAUUACACUUUAAAUAAUGAUGAAAAUUUUUCGAUUGAUUCUAAAUGCAACAAUCUAUUGACAAAUCCUCUCAUUUGUUAAGUUAUGGAUAAGUAGUAUCAAUUAUAUUUUUAGACUCUUACCAUCUACAUAAAAAAAGGAAAAAGUGAAUUCAAUAUUUACAGAGCAAAGUCAAAUUGAAAAAAAGAGUCACCCUAUUAUUGUAAAAAAACAGUUUUCAAUUAAAUAAUUGAAAUAAGAGAAUAUGAUAUAAUCUCAAACUUAAUAAUAAGUAUCAACUCCAUCAUAAAAAAACUCAUAAUAAGUAAUAUUCAUUAAUUUAUUUAAUUAGAUGUCCUAAACAUAAGGAUUUCAAUCAUCUUAGAUUAAACCUUAGUCCAACAUUAAUGCUAAACCUGGUUUAGAUUCUAAUGAGUUUGAAAUCCUUUAAAGUAAAUUAGGACGUCAAUAAUAAGAAUUAGAAGAAUUAAAAUAAUUGUAUAAUACAAAUAUGGCUUAAAAAAAGAAUGAACUCAAUUAAACUAAUUAAUAAAACUAAUAAAAUGAUUAAUUAAAGAAAAAAAUUGAAUUAUUGGAAAAUAAUUUAGUCUAAUUAAAGAGUGAAAAUACUACAUAUAAAAAAGAGAAAGAUUAAAAAUAAAGUGAAGUUAAUGAGUUAAGAUCAUUUAUACAAGAUUUACAAGACAAAUAGUUAAAAUUAGAAAAAUUAGUUCAAUAGUAAUAACAAUAAUAAUAAUUUCAAUAAUAAUAACAAUAAUAAUUAUUAUAAUUAUAAUUAUAAUUACAACAAUAAUAAUAGCAAUAACAAUAAUAAUAACAAUAAUAAUAAUAGUAAUAAUAAUAGUAAUAAUAAUAAUAAUAAAUUUCUCCUUAAUAAUCAUUACCAAACCCAGCUUUAUAAUAUUUAAAAACAUAAUAAAGUAGUUAUUCAACAAAAGCUAACACCUAGACUUAAAUGAACAUAUAAAUUCCAACAAGCAAUCCAGAUGAUAAAAAUAGAUUAUUUAUAAGAGCAUAAAGUUAAAUGAGCCAUUCUCCAGGAGAAGAAUUUAAAAAUGAAAUGGAUGAUACUAGUCCUAGAAUAAUAAAAUAAAAUUAAACAUAUUUGCUAUAAUUAUUAGAUAUGUUAGAUUUAAAUACUUCAUUUACUAAAUCUUACACUAAAUUACAUUCUAUAAAUGAAAAUAAUUCAUGGGAAAGUGAUGUAUAAAUAGUUCACAAUUUCAAACUUGAAAGUUUAAUUACUGAUUCAAAUGAAGGAAAGGUUUUAAUGCUAAAAGCUUAUAAUUAAUAAUAAAACAUUGCAUGUACAGAAUCAAUAUCAUUUGAUCUAUUGAAAAGUCUUCUUGGUUAUGUUGAUUUUUAAGAUACUCUUCCAACAAAUUUACCAAAUAUUAGUACAACUCAUCAAUUCUUUAAAUUUCUUAUAUUACCUUAUACUACAGUGGUUUAAGAUGAAAAUACUUAAUAAUAUAAAAUUUAAUUAUGGCCUAAACCUUAUGGAUUAUUAAAUGGAUUAAAUUUAAAAUUAGAUUUUUUAGAUCUUAAUUGUUUAGUCUAUGUUCAUCAUUUAGAAACUGAUUAAUUUAGAAUAAUUAUUUUUGAUCCUGCUAGUUAUGAUUGCUUUAAAUUAGAUUUAGAAAUGGAUUAUUCUUCUAUUGAUACAUUCUUUUAAGAUGCUAAAUCUAUAAAAGAUGAAUAUAAUUAUUAUUGCAAAAGUAAUUUAUUGAAACUUACAGAUAAAACUCCUAAAUUUGGAGAUGAUGAUGUAGCUGAAGCUUUAGUAGAAAGACAUUUUUCAAAAGAUAAAGUUAAAUCAGUUUAAACAGGAAUUUAAUUAAAUUAAUCUUAUGCUCAAGAAAAUCUUAUUUUAAAAUAACCAAUUGAAUUUCUCAAAUAUAUUAAAUAAAUUGUUUAAAUUUUUGAAUAAUAACUCAAAUUAUAAUAAAUAACAUUUCCAAAUAGUUUACUUGGUAUGAAAUAUUUUAGAUGCAAAACUUGGAAUGCUGGCACUAAAAGCCAAAUACAAAUUGUUAAAGAACAAUUAGAUCAAUAAUAAAUUUCUAUAUAUUUGGCUAAUUGUUUUGAAUCUUUUGGACCAAACAAAUCUAAACUUAAAGCUAAAGGAAGCACAAAUAUUAACUUUUCUGCUAUUUAAAGAGAAUUUGCUGUCUCUUAUGAUAAAUUAUAAAUUGAAGAAAGAGCUACAAUCUUGUAAACUAUUUUAUAUUCAUUUAAUUUGAAUAUUUUUGAAAAAGCAUGUGAAUAAGAUGAACAAUAAUUUGAUAAAAAUCCUAUCGUAUAAAGUAUCUACGAUUGUGGUUCAUAUAGAAGGUAUUUAAUAUAAAUAACUUAGAAUCAUUGCUUUUGAUAAUGGUAAAAUAUCUUAAGUUACUGUCUAAGUUAUAGGAUCAAACAGAAGAAUGUGUGGUAUUAAAUUCUCUGUUUUCAAUAUUGAUGAAACUAUUGAAAAUGGAGUUUUCUUACCUGUUUCAUAAAGUGAAUGGGAUACUAGAGCUAUGGAAAAAUAAAAAAUUAAAGCCUCUGUCUAAAAUGUUCCUUUUGCAGAAUAUUUAUUAACCUAAAUUCUCAAAUGUCCAACUACCUAAACUGUAUAUUAUUUAUUUUUUAUAUAGAUUUUGUUUAAAAAGAUUUUAAAUGCUGAUUUUAAAUCUAAUUAAAUUAAUAGUAAUGAAAUUAAAAAGAGAAAGACAUUCAUUGAAAGAAUAGAUAAUUUAUUAACCUGGCAAGAAGUCAUGGCAAAUUUAUGA